UCUCUGUCAGAUGCUGCUGAGCUCUUCAAGGUUCACACACGCAGACAAGGUUCCUCUGACCCGCAGAGACGCUGAACGGUAUCUCAGAGAGGAGAGAAGGAGGAAGUGACGGGUUUGUGUUGGAGCACAAUGGAGGUGGAGAUGUUGAGCAGAAGAGGCUCCAAACCCAGUGUGGCUCCGUGUUCGCUCACCAAAGUGGCUUUAAUCACGCUGGUGUGUUCCUGUCUUGCUCUGCUGAUUGCUGUCAUUGCAGUCUCACAGAAAUUGACUAAAGAAGAGUUCUGUCUCACGCCGGAGUGCAUCGAAGCAGCUGGCUCCAUUCUGAGUAAGCUGGACCCCAGCGUGAGCCCAUGUGAUGAUUUCUACCAGUACGCGUGUGGUGGCUGGCUCAGAGAACAUCCCAUUCCGGAAGAUUCCUCCAGCUACGGGAUCUACCCCUGGCUUCGGCAGAACGUGGACCUCAAACUCAAAGAGCUGCUGGAACAGCCGACUGCUGACGGAGACAUCGAGGCAGUGAAGAAGGCCAAGAUAUUGUACCGUUCCUGCAUGAACGAGACUGCCAUCGAGCUGUUGGACUCCAAGCCACUGCUGAAGGAGCUGAAGAAGCGUGAGUUCCGCUGGCCCGUCCUGGGCGACGCUCUGGGCGCUGACGUUCAGUGGGACUCAAGAAAGUUUGACCUUCUCCAGACUCUGUCUCAGAUCCGCACUCAGUACAGCAAAUCCGUCCUGCUGCGGCUUUACGUGUCAGCUGAUGACAAGAACUCUCAGGUGUUCAUCAUCAAGCUGGACCAGGCGUCCUUGGCUUUAUCCAGAGAUGAUUACACCACCAACAGUGCUGAGGCACAAACAAACCGAGAGGCCCUCCUGAACCUGAUGGUGGGCGUGGCCGUCAUGCUGGGAGCCAAUCAGCAGGCAGCUGAGUCUCAGAUGAAAGCAGCACUGGACUUUGAGAUGAAACUUGCCCAGAUUGUGAUUCCUUAUGAGAACCGCACCAGUGAGACCAUGUACAACAGAUACAGUCUGUCUAAACUACAGCGCACCAUCCCUGAGUUUAACUGGCUGGCUUUCGUUCGAGCAGCGAUCGACUCUAAACUCUACCCAGAUCUUUCCAUCUCGUCGUCGGAGCAGGUGAUCGUUCGAGCUCCUCAGUACCUGAAGGAUCUCUUCCGGCUGGUUAAUGUGACAGAGAGCAGGACUGUGGCUAAUUACGUGGUGUGGAGGUCCAUCCUGUCCCGAGUCACAACACUGAGCCGACGCUUCCUCUACAAAUAUCUCGACUUCGCUCGAGUGACGACAGGAGCGACGUCUCUGACUCCUCGCUGGGAUAAGUGUGUUAAUUACGUGGAGAGCACGUUAAUGUACGCCACAGGACGCCUGUUUGUUGAUAAGCACUUUCAGGAAGAUAAGAAACACAUGAUGGAGGAACUGAUUGAGGGUAUUCGCUGGGCUUUCAUUGACAUGCUGGAUAAAGAGAACGACUGGAUGGAUGCAGAAACCAAGGGGAAAGCCAUAGAGAAGGCCCACGCCGUUCUGCCUAAAGUGGGUUAUCCAGAGUUCAUUCUGAACAACACUUACAUCAACAACGAUAUCCAACAGUUGCAGUUUUCAGAGAAGGAUUAUUUCGGGAACGUGAUGCAGACACUGCGCUUCAUCGCGCAGUCGGACAUCGGAUGGCUGAGAACCACGGUUCCACGCACAGAGUGGUUCACAAGCCCCACGACGGUCAACGCUUUCUACAGCUCAUCUACCAACCAGAUCAGAUUUCCAGCAGGUGAACUGCAGAAGCCGUUUUUCUGGGGACUGAAUUAUCCUCGAUCAUUAAGUUACGGAGCGAUCGGAGUGAUAGUUGGACACGAGCUCACACACGCUUUUGAUAACAACGGUCGGAAAUAUGACAAAGAUGGGAAUCUGAAUCAGUGGUGGAGCAACGCUUCAGUGACGAACUUCAACGAUAAGACGCAGUGCAUCAUCAACCAGUACAACAACUACUACUGGAAGGAGGCGGGGCUUAAUGUGAAGGGGAAGAGAACACUGGCGGAGAACAUUGCUGACAACGGAGGGAUACGAGAAGCUUUCAGGGCUUACAGGAGGUGGGUGCAGAAGGAAAGGUCAGGAGCUGAGGAGCCGUUAUUACCAGGAGUGGGUCUGACCAACAAUCAGCUCUUCUUCCUCAGUUACGCUCACGUUCGUUGUAACAGUUAUAGACCUGAAGCAGCUCGAGAUCAAAUCCUCAGUGGAGCUCACAGUCCACCUAAAUACAGGGUCAUCGGCGCUAUGAGUAACUUUGUGGAGUUCCAAAAGGCCUUUAACUGCCCUGAGACAUCGAUCAUGAACAGGGGGGCGGAGUCAUGCCGAGUGUGGUAGCGCUGGAGAACAUAGCAAAUUGUGAGUUUUUGAACAUGGGCCAAACCUUGACCAAUGAACCAUACUAAAGUGUUCUAAUCAGAACCAGGCCUCUGUAGACCACUGUAUCUUCACUUCUCCUCCACUGGAACCCAAGAGCACUUUAAGUGUUUCAUUCCUCUCCUCAUCACCUCCGUCUGAUCUCUGCUGUACAACAAUCUGGAACUCUGAGCAUGAACUCUUGAGGAACCUGAAUUCUCCACACUUCUUUAGUUGUCACUCAGAUGAAACAUUUAAAGGUUCCUUUUGAUGCACAUGUAUGAACCUUAAAGGAACCAUUUUUU